AUGCGUUACCAAGAGGAUCCGCAGGAGACAGCUGCGAAACCAAGCGACUCCGCAGGAGACAGCUGCGAAAUCAAGCGACUCCGCAGGAGACAGCUGCGAAAUCAAGCGCCUCCGCAGGAGACAGCUGCGAAAUCAAGCGCCUCCGCAGGAGACAGCUGCGAAACCAAGCGACUCCGCAGGAGACAGCUGCGAAAUCAAGCGACUCCGCAGGAGACAGCUGCGAAACCAAGCGACUCCGCAGGAGACAGCUGCGAAAUCAAGCGACUCCGCAGGAGACAGCUGCGAAAUCAAGCGACUCCGCAGGAGACAGCUGCGAAAUCAAGCGCCUCCGCAGGAGACAGCUGCGAAAUCAAGCGCCUCCGCAGGAGACAGCUGCGAAACCAAGCGACUCCGCAGGAGACAGCUGCGAAAUCAAGCGACUCCGCAGGAGACAGCUGCGAAACCAAGCGACUCCGCAGGAGACAGCUGCGAAAUCAAGCGACUCCGCAGGAGACAGCUGCGAAAUCAAGCGACUCCGCAGGAGACAGCUGCGAAAUCAAGCGCCUCCGCAGGAGACAGCUGCGAAAUCAAGCGCCUCCGCAGGAGACAGCUGCGAAAUCAAGCGCCUCCGCAGGAGACAGCUGCGAAAUCAAGCGCCUCCGCAGGAGACAGCUGCGAAAUCAAGCGACUCCGCAGGGACAUCUGCGAAAUCAAGGCCCCCUGGCAAUGUGCAAGCACCUCUGCGUGGUGCUAGGGACCAGUAUUCAUCUCACCUGGGGACUGCAACUCCCAUGGGGACUGAAGAAGCCAAGACUUGCACAGUAG